UACAAAGAAGUUCAAGCAUGGCAUAAUGUGUGUGUCUUCUCCAGAAGCUUCUCCCACCUUGCAAAUUAUUGUUUUUGAGCUGUGGGUAUUCUGUUUGAUUCUGUUUAUUAGAAGAUUUCACAAUGUUCACUUUGUGUUACUUGGAGGCUUUAGGCAGUUUAUCAAUCAGCAAAAAAAAAUUGGGGGGUUAAAUCAUUUUGUUUUGUUUUUAGUGUACUCUUGAGUUACUUUGAGUUAAACUGGUCAUUAUGAAUAUUAUUUUGUUUGUUAAUAAAUUAGAACAGUAGCAUACUUAUUGAUUUGUAAUUGCAAUAUUCUGUUGUGUUCAAUAAGCCUGGUGAACUGAUUGCUUGGUUUCUAACUCAUUACAUGUAUGUAGAUAAGUAAGACUGUAUCAAAACUCCUUGAACUUUUGGCAGAAAAUGAGCAAUUGAAAAGUAUUCUUCAUAUCCCAUUAUAUAUUUCAAAAUCUUAACUAUCAGUCUACGUGAAGUGAAGCAGUUGUACUUUUACCCACACUCGUCUCCUCACCAAAGCUACACAACAAUGGAAAAGGCAAAUUCCUGGAAGUUUAAGCUCUUCUUGAAGUGCAGAGUUUUAGUCAACAUUCAAUUUUUAAAAAAAAGAUAAAUAACCCUGGAAGUCCAUGAGCCACACACAGGAGAGCUGAAAAUGGGGAGGAGACCUGUUGGGAAGAAUGGCUUUGUCAGGAGAGGGAGAGGGUAAGAGAGGUGAUUUGGGGUGUAGGAAAGGGCAAGACAAUGUCUGAAGAGAUAAUGACUGACAAUUUCUAUCAGUGGUGAACCUGUGAAUGUUGGGGGAACCCAGAGAAAUCUCAUCUGGGUCUGUAAGAAGCAAAGCCCACUUGCAAAUAUCACAGGAAAGUUGUUCAACACAAGGUCCAGGGCAGGAAAAAUACUAAUGCAACCACAUGAAUAUGAUUGUUUCUUUUAUUUAUUUAUCUGUCUACCUAUCUAUCUAUCUGUCUAUCUAUCUAUCUAUCUAUCUAUCUAUCUAUCUAUCUAUCUAUCUAUCAUCUAUCUAUCUAUCUAUUUAUUUUUAUUUUACUUGUUUUGGUCUUUCAAGACAGGGUUUUUCUUGUAGCCCUGGCUGUUCUAGAGUUCACUCUGUAGACCAGGCUGUCCUUGAACUCAGAGAUCCCCUUGCCUCUGCCUCUGGACUUCUGGGAUUAAAGGUGUGUUGUUACUGCCUAGCAUGGUGUAUUUCUUUCUUUUUUUUAGCUGAGGAUCGAACCCAGGGCCUUGUGCUUGCUAGGCAAGCGCUCUACCACUGAGCUAAAUCCCCAACCCAUGGUGUAUUUCUUUUAAAGGCGCAUCAGUAAAGCUAAGAACUGUGUCUUAACCAUCAAUCCUGAAAUCAAAGAUAAUGGCUUUAAAUCCCGAAAGAAAAAGUAUUCCACGCUAUAACUCUUUAUCUCACAUAGCCUUAAAGGGUGAAACUUUGGGGCAAAAAUUGAGAAAUACUUUUAGUGAAUUAAUUAGGCAGAAGAAAAAAAUCCCAAAAGGAUUGCAGACUUAUGUCAAGAAGGAAAAAGUAACAGGAAAGAUUAUAAGUGGAUAUUGACCAGGUAUUGACCUUAUAAAGUGAUGAGUAGUGUCUUAACAUUCAUGCAAAGGCAGAGGAAUAGAUGUAAAAGAAAAAAAGAAAGAAUGAAACCUUUAAAAAUGAAAAGGAGCCAGGCUGGUAGCAUACUCUUUCAUUCUCAGCAAUAUGGAGGUAGAGGCAGGUGGAUCACUGAGUUUGAGGCCAGCCUGGUUUACAGAGAGAAUACCAGGCCAGCUAGGGCUAUGUAGUGAGACUGUCUCAAAAAAUUGGUUUUCUAAAAAAAAUGGUUCUACUACUUUUUCAUCUGGUCAUUAAUUCAUGAGCAUAUUUUGUAUGAUAAUUUGGGUUUGGGGAGAGCCUUUUAAGAUUUUUCUCUUUCUUUGAAAUAUAUUUCUUUUCACACAGCUGCAUUACAUAUUUCUUUAUUUUUGCUGUUCCAGUAGGCUUUCCUUAAGGAUAUUUUAUAUGGAAAUUAAAUCUAUUUUUAGAAAAAAAACAGUUUUGUAUUUGAAUCUUCCAUUUUCUCCAUUCUCUUUAUUAUUUCUUCCUGGAAACUGUAUUUUUUGAGGUUCUCAUUCUAUUCUCCAUACCCCUUGACUUUAAAUUUUUAUUUCUCCCUGAUAUGCCAGCAGAUUGUCUUUAUGUCAUCUCAGCUUACCCCAAGUCUUUCACCCAACAAAGAUGUACAAGAAUCAAAGUUAUGUCUAUAAAUUUGUUUCAAUGAUAAUUUAUUUCUAGCUUCAUUAUUUUUCACAAUUAAAGACCUCAUGUAAUUUUUAUAUUCGCCUUGGGAUUGAGUUCCCAUCUCUCAAUUCUCCCUUGGUUCCUUUAAAUAUAAAGCACUGAGAUUACCACAUCUUCAUGAUGGAGAAGUCAUAUAUACACACGCACCUACAUAAUCUACAUGUACAAACAUAUCAGAUAAAUUACACCCUCAUCUAUUCCAUCCACUUUCCGGUUAUCACAGGUUUAGUGUGAGGAAUUACUAUCACUGACCUUGGCUGUUCUCUCCUCUAGUUUGCUCGUUAGUCUCAGUGCAACGAGAGCAGAUUCAUGGGAAAGUCACUUCUUUCCAAUGAGUUUUUUCAUAUACAAUCUCUGCUGUGACUACCUUUCUUUUCCUCCCUGCCAUCUUUGCUCUCACUCUUGUUCUUUCUUAUUUUCUCAUCCCUCUAUUUCUAUCUCACUUGUACUAAAGAUUUAGAGUCAAGGAGCACAUUACAUAAGAACUGUGUGUAUGUUGAAUGUGUGCAGGAUAUUUCAUAAAAAAGAAAAUGUGAAUGUAUUGAGGUGAUAAAAUCAUCUGAACUAAUGGGCCGUGGACUUCUUAGAUUACAUUAUCAUGUCUAUCACACACAAUGUUUUUAUUUUUGUUUCUGUUAAACUUUAAUAAAUCAAACCAUCAAAAAUUUAUAAGGAACAAUGUUGUUGCAUUUGACAAUUUAUAUAAAAGUCCAUUUAAAAUUCAAAACUGAAGAAAAUAUAAAAUAUGAUCUGUCACAUCUAUUAGAUAUGAUAAAAGUCUAUUUCAGAUGUUGAAUUAUUACAAAUGUUCUUAUGAGAAAUAACACAAAUGUAUAAACUUGUGUAAGUAAUCAACGUAUCACUAAUCAGCUGGGUGUCAGCAGCUCUGAGUGGAUUAUGACAUUCAAACUUCAAAAGAACAUGUAAGAAAGAAAUCACAAAACAAACUCUUCUGUAGAUAUACAUGGACAUGCUCUUUUUUUCCUAACAAAAAAGAUAAUCAAAUUCAAUAGGUACAGAAAAAUUUACUCAACAAGAUACAGCACAUAUUAAUAAGCAAAAUGUUAGCAAAUGAAUAUAAAAGGGAAUUUUUGAAUAUAUUUAAGUUUACAGUAGCCAGACAUGGUGGUAUGUCUUUAAUUCCAGCACUCAGGAGGCAGAGGCUAAUCUCUGUGAGUUCAAGACUAUUAUCCAAAAGGAAUUCCAGAACAGCCCAGGUUACACACAGUGACACCUGGUCUCAUAAAAUAUAUAUAUUUGGUGUGUGUGUGUGUGUGUGUGUGUGUGUGUGUGUGUGUGUGUGUGUGUGUGUAGUAAAUAUCACUAAAGGCAAAUUAUUAAAAUUAUUUAAAAUUUUUCUGCUGGAAAUCAACAAUGACAUAAGGAUAUCCACCCUGGCUACUACCAAGAUUUUACUACCAGUCCCAGCCAGAGGAAUAAGGCAAAGAAGAAGUAAAAAGCACAGCAGAAGAAAUAAAAUUAUAUUUUUAAAUAAUGAAAUUAUAUACUUAAAAUCAUGAAAACUCUGCAAUCAGAAGUGAUAAAGUAAGCCAGGAAUGCCAGCAGAUGCAAGACCAGCUCUGUUUAUAUGAAGAAAAAUUGAAAUAGCAUUUAAAAUGACUUCCAAAUAUAUAAAGAUCAAGAAACAAAUCUCCUAGGGAGUUGUAAAGCAGGAAGAUCAAACAUUACUGAGAAAAAUGUAAUGAUCUAAAUAAAUUGAGGAAUGCAUAAUAGUCUAUUGGAAAGACUCAGUGGUUGAAAUGUUUAUCUUUCAAACAAUAGAAAUCACAAAAUCUUAUGCAAAAUUUCAGCAAUCUGCCGGGUGGUGGUGGCGCACGCCUUUAAUCCCAGCACUCGGGAGGCAGAGCCAGGUGGAUCUCUGUGAGUUCGAGGCCAGCCUGGGCUACCAAGUGAGUUCCAGGAAAGGCACAAAGCUACACAGAGAAACCCUGUCUCAAAAAACCAAAAAAAAAAAAAAUUUCAGCAAUCUUCAUUGUAGUGGGUAGCCAUUCCAGCUUUGAUCUGGAAGUUCCAACCCCCAUUGAGACUUCGGCAACUGUCACGCCUACAAGGCGGGGCCAAGGGAGGCGCCGGGGGACCCGAGAUCUGGAUCGGCGGGCGCUCUCUCUGUUGCGGGACCUGGACUGGAGAGGUGGACCGAGCAGAGCUCCAGAGAACACCGCUGGACUGUGAUACACCUUCCCCAGACUCCGCGACCUACCUAUUCCUUAAUUUGUAAGUUACGCCAUUAAAUAAAUCUCCUUUUAACUACGUGGAGUGGCCUUAAUAAUUUCACCAAUACUUCAUUGUGAAUUUGAUGGGCUGAAUAUAUAUUUUGUAUGUAAAUACAAAGAGAAAAAUAAAGCAAUCUUGACUCCAAAUAAUGAUUAUUCUAUAAAGAUGAUGUGAUCUGUGGAAGAAAUAAUUGAUGAUGAUGCACACUUUAUUAAAAUUAGAUUUUCUGCUCUGUGAAAGAUUCUACAAAAAAUGGUCAUAGACCAGGAGAAAAUGCUGCCAACUGAUGUGUUUGAUAAAAGACAGCUGUCCAAAAUACAAAGACUUUGAAGUCUCAAUAUUAAGAAAACAAGUCUACAUAAAAUAAUGUGCCGAAGAUCCUAACACUUACCAAACAAAACGCAGAGAAGGUGUGAUGGCUAUUCUUGGUUGUCAACUUGACUACAUCUGGAAUUAAAUAAAGUGUGCUAAAAUGGGGCACACCUGUGAGGUACUUUUGCUUACUUUGAAGUGGAAAGAUCCACUUAUUUCUAAAUAGAUCUUUGAGGUGGAAAGACACACUUUUAAUCCAGGUCUUUUGGUAUGGGAAGACUCAUCUCUAAUCUGGGCUGCACCUUCUGCUGGAAGCCUUUAGAACUAUGGUUCUCAACCUUUUGGUUGUGACCCAUUGGGGGGGAUCAAAUGACCCCCUCACAUGGGUCCCCUAAGACCAUUAGAAAACACAGAUAUUUAUAUUAUGAUUCAUAGCAGUAGCAAAAUUAUAGUUAUGAAGUAACAAUGAAAAUGAUUUUAUGGUUGAGUCACCACAACAAGGGGAACUGUAUUAAAAGGUCACAGCAUUAGGAAGGUUGAGAACUAUUGCUUUAUAAGUACAAGGAAGAAAGCAGCUCUUCUCUCUUUUUCUGCUUGCUCUAGCCUUGCUAGCUAGUCCAUUCCUUCACUGGCAUUAGAGCCUACCUCUUUGGGAAUCCAGUGCAUACUGAAGACCAGCUGAGACAUCCAGCCUCAUGGACUGACUGAACAACUACUGGAUUCUUGGACCUUCCAUUCAUCGGCAGCCAUUGUUGGAUGAGCUAGGAGAUAACCCAUAAGUCAUUCUAAUGAAUCCCCUUUACACACAAGCACACACACACACAUAUAUACUUUCUAUAAGUUCUGUUGCUCUAGAGAACCCUGACUAAUAUAGAUGGCAUAUAAUCACGUGGAAAGAGGCUCCACAUCAACAAGUAUGAAUAAUGAAACACCACUACCCAACCAUAAGGCAGAAUGACCAAACUCCAGGACACUGAUGCCAUCACUGCUGAGGAGGACAUUAAGCACCAAGAAUUCUCAUUCAUGGAUUAUGGGGAUGAAAAUGAUAUUACCAUUUUAGAAGAUAGUUUGGCAGCAAAACCAAGCACACUCUUACUAUGUGAGUCAGCAAUCACGCUUCUUAGUAUUUAUUUAAAUUAGCUGAAACUUAUGUUCAUACAAAAACUGAAACAGGAGUGUUUAUUGCAACCUUUUACAUCACUUGUCAAACAGUAGCAGUGGCUAAGAUCCUUCAGUAAGUGAAACUGAGAAAGCCUGAUGCAAUCACAAAAUGGAAUAUUAUUCAAUACCAAGGGCAAUGAGCUAUCAAUACAUGAAGAGGCAUUGAGAAAACGUGAACACAUGUCAUCAAAGAAGCAAGUUGAAAAACUCUAACUGUAUAACAUUUUGAAAAGUCCAAAGUAUACAGGCAGUAUAAAAGAUCAAUGAUUUUCAGAGAUUCAGAAAAGGGAGGUGGAGAUAAAUAAUAGAUUUUGAAGACUUGGGGUCAGGAGAACUACCUUGGUGCUACUCAAAAAUGGAUACAUGUCAUGAUAAAUUAACCCAAAUAUAUAUAGUGUGCAGUAUGUAGAGGAACCCCAGUUAAAGUGAUGGACUCAGGAAAAAAUACAUGUUAACAGCGAAGCUCAGUCAGUUCUAAGAAAUGUACCACUCUAAAUUCAAUGAUAAUGAAGAAGUUUGUAAUAAUGUGAUAAUGAGGAAGGUUGAUUUAAAAUGCAUUAAAACUCAAUUUAUUUCAGAAGGAAACUUACCAUUAAGAUAAUAAGACCUAUUAUGAGUUAUGAGAAGUAAGAGAGCAUAGUAUUGUUUGAUAUUCAAAGACAAAUGGAAUCUUUGAGCUGAUUCAUGGUCACCUGACUUAUGACAACUGUGACAACUCAGAAACAAUGGGGAAUGGAUCAUGUUUUCAGUUCAGAAUGCAAAGCCACCUAGGAAACUAUGGACCUAAAUCUUAUGCACUUGUAAGAUUUUAAGUUGAUUAUAGCUUUAAAUAUGAAAAAUAAAAAAAUCAUUCAAAAUACACGAGAAUUCUUAUGACAUUGGAGAUGGAAAGAUUUAAACACUAGAAAAGUGCUACCCAGACAUGGAAAAUAUUGACAGAUCAGGUUAAGUUAAAAUUAAUAAUUUUUGUUUAUAAAAGACAUCAUAAUGAGGUUAAAAUAGAAGGCACGGAGUGGGAAAAUUAUUUACAAUAUGCAUAUGCAAAAUGGGAUUAUACUAAGAAUAUAGAUUAUUCUGCAGACCAAUUCCUCAGAUAAAAAAAUGUCUAAAAGACCUUAUCUUGAGAAUGCAUCUGAAUGGCCAAUAAAUACUUAAAAGUUUGCAUCAUUUCAUUAAUCACUAGGGAAAUGCUAAUUAAAUGUACACUAUGACAUCCAUACUCACUAGAGUGGUUAAAACUGGAAAGACAGCAUCAAAUGUUGACAAGAUUAUAGAGCAACUGGAAUUCCCAUGAGUUUCUGGAAUUACUCUUUCACAUUGCUGGAAAUGGAAUCCAAUCCACUGAGUGCACUAGGCAAAUGUUCUAUGAUUGAGCUGCAUCUCUAUCCCCAACGUUUAAAGAAAUAUCUUUGAGACAGUGACUCACUAUAUAUCCCACACUGGCCUUGAGCUUGAGUGAUACCCCAUGUAUGUCUUCCCAGAGAUGGGGCUACAGGGGUGAGCCACCAGGGGCAGCUCGGUACAACUACUUUUGAAAACUACUUCACAGUGUUUGCCACGGCUAGAUAUAUUUUCACACUUGGAUGCACAACAAACAGCUCUGACACAUGAUGUAUGCUUGUUUUAUACACAGGACAUGUGAAGAAAUGUUCACAGGAGUAGCAUUCAAAAUUCAAACCUGGGCUGGGUGGUGGUGGGGCACGCCUUUAAUCCCAGCACUUGGGAAGCAGAGGCAGGCUGAUCUCUGUGAGUUCGAGAACAGCCUGGUCUACAAAGUAAGCUAGGAUAUCUAGAGCUAUUACACAGAGAAAACUCUAUCUAAAAAACAAGCCAAACCAAGCCAAACAAAUACAAGCUCAACCUGGAGAUCCCCAAUGUUCCUCAUCUGGUGUAUAUGCAUGUGAACUAUAAUACAAGCCUAUGGAGGGAAGACAUGAUACAAUGAAAACAGCAUAGCAUAGAGGAGCACACCAAAGAAAACGUUAGUGAAGAACAGUCCUACAACAGAGAAAUACUCUACUGGUUAUACGUUAUAAAAGUUCUAAGAAAGACAAAAAGUCAGUGUAGUGCUUAGGAAGAGAGUAGCAACUAGUGAACGGCAGAGGGAAAGUUUUCUCGUUAGGUGUGUGCUAAUUAUUCAUCUAGAUACUGGGUAUUAGACUGUAUUAUCUUGAUGAUCCUUUGUUGUGCUGUACACUUAAGACUUUUUUUUUUACAUGUAUGUUAUGUUUCAAUGAGAAGUAAUUUGGGAAUAUUCCAAUAUUUUGUAGAUAACCAUUACAUUGAAGUUAUGUAUUCAAAGCGUCUUUCAUAAAGAUCAAUAUGCCAUUUUGCUCAUUUAAAAAGUUACAUUCCCUGAAAAUUAACUCAGCAAAUGUGUUGGAACUUAUGGUUGCUAAGAAUUGAGCAUACAGUGGAGGAUAUUUCUGUUUCCUAAAGAGUAUUUAAACAAACACCACAGGGCUGGGACUGGGAAUGGAGUGAACAUUAUGUGCAACACGAGAAGAGUACGCACGGUGGCGCUGCAGGCUAACAAUUUGUAUAACUAGGGGCUCCCAGGAUGCCCAGGGACUUCCUUCCCCGACAAUCAGAAUGCUGACUGUUCCCUGAAAAAAGGGGACGUUUCCAUAAGAUCUAGGCGAAAGGACUCAUGUAAGCAAUUCAAUAAGAUUUAAUUCGAGGUUAUUUCACCAAACCUAAUCUGUGUGGAUUGAAACCGACAAGAUUUAGAAGAAGCAGCGCCCUCUGGACUGCAUCUGAACAAUGGAGACAGCUCUAGCAAAAACGCCAGAGAAAAGGCAAGUCGUUUUUCUUACUAUAUUGCUGCUUUUGUGGGGGGCUGGCACUGAGGCGAUUAGAUAUUCCAUGCCAGAAGAAACGGAGAGUGGCUACUUGGUGGCUAACCUGGCAAAAGAUCUGGGGCUCAGGGUGGGGGAACUGGCCACCAGAGGGGCGCGAAUCCAUCAUAGAGGAAACAAAGAGCUCUUGCAGCUGGAUGCAGAGACCGGCAAUUUGCUCCUGAGGGAAAAACCAGACCGCGAGGUGCUGUGUGGGGUGACAGACCCCUGUGUGCUGCACUUCCAGCUCAUUCUGGAAAACCCUGUGCAGUUCUUCCAAACUGACCUGCAGAUCACAGACAUAAACGACCAUGGUCCGGAGUUCCCUCACAGGGAAAUGCUUCUAAAAAUUCAGGAAAUUGCCCAGCCAGGGACUGUGUUUCCUCUGAAGGCGGCUCAGGACUCUGACAUAGGGAGCAAUGCUGUUCAGAACUACACAGUCAGCCCCAACCUCCAUUUCCAUGUGGUUACUCAGAGUCGUGCUGAUGGCAGGAAAUACCCUGAGCUGGUGCUGGACAGAGCCCUGGACAGGGAGGAGGAGCCUGAGCUCACUUUAACCCUCACUGCUGUGGAUGGUGGGUCUCCUCCCAGGUCUGGGACCACCACAGUUCGCAUUGAAGUCGUGGACAUCAAUGAUAACGCCCCCCAGUUUGUACAGUCGCUCUAUGAGGUGCAGGUCCUGGAGAGCAGUCCCCCAGGCUCCCCAGUCCUGACUGUCCUAGCACAGGAUGCAGAUGCUGGCAACUUUGGGAGAGUUUCCUAUGACUUGUUCCAGGCAUCAGAUGAAAUUCAACAAACCUUCUCAAUAAAUGAAGUCACAGGAGAAAUACGACUGAAAAAGGAAUUGGAUUUUGAAAAGAUUAAAUCUUACCACGUGAAAAUCGAGGCCACAGACGGAGGAGGUCUUUCUGGGAAGGGAGAGGUGGUGAUAGAGGUGGUGGACGUGAACGACAAUGCCCCAGAGCUGACCAUAUCUUCACUGACCAGCUCAGUCCCAGAAAAUGCUCCUGAGACCAUAAUCAGCAUCUUCAGAGUAGGAGACAGGGAUUCCGGAGAGAAUGGAAAGGUGGUUUGUUCUAUUCCAGAAAAUCUGCCAUUCAUCCUAAAAUCCACUUUCAAGAAUUUCUACACCCUGGUGACAGAGAGUCCACUGGACAGAGAGAGCAGAGCUGAGUACAACAUCACCGUCACAGUCACCGACAUGGGCACACCUAGGCUCACAACCCAGCACACCAUAAUUGUGCAGGUGUCUGACGUCAACGACAAUGCCCCCGCUUUCACACAAACCUCCUACACCCUGUUUGUCCAGGAGAACAACAGCCCCGCCCUGCACAUAGGCACCAUCAGCGCCACAGACUCAGACUCAGGCUCCAAUGCCCACAUCACCUACUCUCUGCUGCCCACCCAAGACCCGCGGCUUGCUCUCUCCUCGCUCAUCUCCAUCAACGCUGACAAUGGACAGAUUUUCGCUCUCAGGGCGCUGGACUACGAGGCCCUGCAGACCUUCGAGUUCCAUGUGGGCGCCACAGACCAAGGCUCUCCUGCGCUCAGCAGCCAGGCGCUGGUGCAAGUGCUGGUGCUGGACGCCAACGACAAUGCGCCCUUCGUGCUCUACCCGCUGCAGAACGCCUCUGCACCCUGCACAGAGCUGCUGCCCAGGGCGGCAGAGCCAGGCUACCUGAUCACCAAGGUGGUGGCAGUGGACCGCGACUCUGGACAGAACGCCUGGCUGUCAUUUCAGCUGCUCAAGGCCACGGAGCCUGGGCUGUUCAGCGUGUGGGCUCACAAUGGCGAGGUGCGCACCUCCAGGCUGCUGAGUGAGCGCGAUGCUCCCAAGCACAGGCUGCUGCUGCUAGUCAAGGACAAUGGAGAUCCUCCAAGGUCUGCCAGUGUCACUCUGCAUGUGCUGCUGGUGGAUGGCUUCUCUCAGCCCUACCUGCCUCUGCCAGAGGUGGCGCGCGACCCCGGGCAUGACAAUGAAGAUUUGCUCACAUUGUACCUGGUCAUUGCCUUGGCUUCUGUGUCUUCCAUCUUCCUCUUGUCUGUGCUGCUGUUCGUGUGGGUGAGGCUGUGCAGGAAGGCCAGGGCAGCCUCUCUGGGUGGCUGCUCUGUGCCUGAGGGACACUUUCCUGGUCACCUGGUGGAUGUCAGCGGCACUGGGACCCUUUCCCAGAGCUACCAGUAUGAGGUAUGUCUAACUGGGGACUCUGGGACUGGUGAGUUCAAGUUCCUCAAACCUAUGAUCCCAGAGCUGUUGGUUCAGGAUCCUGGGAGAGAACUUAAAGAAAAUCUCCACUGCAGGGAUAGCUUUGUGUUCAGCUGAAUCGUAGGUUUUCAAUCUAUGGAUCUGGACCCCUUCUGGAUAUGAAUGACCCUUUCACAGGGGCUGCAUAUCAGAUAUUUACAUUAUGAGUCAUAUCAGUAGUAAAAUUACAGUUAUGAAGUAGCAACAAAAUAAUUUUAUGGUACCAGAUCACCACAACAUGAAGAAAUGUAUUAAAGGGUCACAGCAUUAGGGAGGUUGAGAACCACCGAACUAAGUAAUAUGAACUCCUAAGUGUUGUACAAUUCUUACCUUUUAAGAAUGAUCUUUUAACGAAGUUCUCCACUGGUCUAACCUGCUUGCAUCCUUAAUUGCACUGAUAGAUUCUUUUUUAUUGGCAUGAAGGUACUAGGCUUUUAGUUGUACUAAGCAUAUUUCAUAUAUUUCUCCACAUAUGAGUAUCACUUGGUGAUUAAUACUCCCACCACCCUAAAUAACCCAAACAGCAUAAUGUUUUCUUUGAAUUAUACACCUAAUGAUCUUCUGAGACAUUUGACUGCUCUCAAAUUAUGGUACAAUUCAUACAAAUUUGUGACUCCUGCCCUUUCCAUGUAAUUUUAUCUUUUCAAAGAUUGAUUGUUUAAAAUUGCUUAUGUUGACUGGUUCUUUCUGCAUGAAUGGAAAGUCACAUUACAUCAUGUUCACUUUUAGGCUAAGUGCCUUGAAUAGUUAACUCAUAAAAUGUAAAGUGUAUAUCAGUGUACACAAGGGUUGUGACACUUUUUGUUUGUGAAAAUCAUGCAUGCUAAGGGUCCUAUUUACUUGGUUGCAAGUAUUCUGGAAAUAACACUGCUAAAGUUUUGAAUUCUUAUUUGAUGAAAAAUAAGGAGAAAAUGUGUAAUUUCUCAUCCCAUUUAUAAAAUAAAAUUGUUAAAUCAC